CUGAUUGGUCGCUGGUGUUCUGUGGAGUUGGCGCCAUUGCGGAGCUCCGUGCUGUCUUGUGGGCGCUCUCCCGACAAACACUUCUUUUUGCCCGAAUUAUCAGCGCAGUUCCGACAAAAUGGCCGAUAAAGACGCCGCAUUUGACGAUGCCGUGGAGGAAAGGGUGAUCAACGAGGAGUACAAGAUCUGGAAGAAGAACACCCCCUUCCUCUAUGAUCUGGUCAUGACCCACGCCCUGGAGUGGCCCAGCCUGACCGCCCAGUGGCUGCCAGAUGUCACCAGACCCGAGGGGAAGGACUACAGCGUGCACAGACUGGUGCUGGGGACGCAUACGUCUGAUGAGCAGAACCAUCUUGUUAUCGCCAGUGUCCAGCUUCCGAAUGACGACGCCCAGUUUGAUGCCUCGCACUAUGACAGCGAGAAAGGAGAGUUUGGAGGCUUUGGCUCUGUAAGUGGGAAAAUAGAGAUUGAGAUCAAGAUCAAUCAUGAAGGCGAGGUGAACAGAGCUCGUUACAUGCCCCAGAAUCCCUGCAUUAUUGCCACCAAAACCCCCACCAGUGACGUCCUGGUCUUCGAUUACACAAAACACCCAUCCAAGCCUGAUCCUUCUGGAGAAUGCACCCCAGAUCUGCGUCUCAGGGGCCACCAGAAGGAGGGCUACGGCCUCUCCUGGAACCCAAACCUCAGCGGAUGCCUCCUUAGUGCUUCUGAUGACCACACUAUAUGCCUCUGGGAUAUCAGCACAGUGCCAAAGGAGGGGAAGAUUGUAGAUGCCAAAACAAUCUUCACAGGCCACACUGCUGUGGUGGAGGACGUCUCCUGGCACCUGCUCCAUGAAUCCCUGUUUGGAUCUGUGGCAGAUGACCAAAAACUCAUGAUCUGGGACACGCGGUCAAACAACACCUCCAAACCGAGCCACGCAGUGGACGCCCACACCGCUGAAGUCAACUGCCUGUCCUUCAAUCCCUACAGCGAGUUCAUUCUGGCCACCGGCUCUGCUGACAAGACCGUGGCUCUUUGGGACCUGAGGAACCUGAAGCUGAAACUCCACUCAUUUGAAUCUCACAAGGACGAGAUCUUCCAGGUUCAGUGGUCUCCUCAUAACGAGACGAUCCUCGCCUCCAGCGGCACCGACAGGCGGCUCAACGUCUGGGACCUGAGCAAGAUCGGAGAGGAGCAGUCGCCAGAAGAUGCCGAGGACGGUCCUCCGGAGCUGCUGUUCAUCCACGGUGGACACACAGCUAAGAUCUCAGACUUUUCCUGGAACCCCAACGAGCCGUGGGUCAUCUGUUCGGUGUCGGAGGACAACAUCAUGCAAGUGUGGCAGAUGGCUGAGAACAUCUACAACGACGAGGACCCAGAGGGCGCCGCAGACUCAGAGGUCCAGGCAUGAGUCCAGCUGUGACCGCGCUUCUUUUGACCUGCUUGCUAAAAAUGGAUCACUUUCUCAGAUCUGCUUGCAGACGGCAGUAAAACCAUGAGGUGCAUCUAGGAGAAAAAGUGUUUUAAAGAGUUCGUGCACCAUUAAGGUGCUGUGGCGAAUUUCAAAUGGCGCCUGUUUCAGUCUGGUUCUAAGAUACUAUUUAGUUUUUCCAACAUCUGUGGUUCGUAUUGAAACCAUCACAGACACGUCUGCUGUCAUCACUUUUAUUUCUUAAUAGCUGUGCCGAAAACAUGUCCACAACGAUCCAUUUUUAAUACAAUUGUACAUACUGUAGGUUUUCCUUUUGCUUGACAUUUGUAGGUGAGUUUUCCAGCUUGUGUGGCGUCACUUGUCAGUGUUUUGUUUCUUCUGCAUUUCGUUUCCCUGUGCUGCACCUGAAGUUUUGUGUAUCUAAGUAUAUUCAUAAUAAAAAAUAUUUACAGAAACCUG